CCUUCUGGGGUUUGUAGUACCCGAGAGCUGAGUCUAAAGCAUCCGGCCUAAGGACACCCUUUAAAAAAAAAAAAAGAAAAAAAGAUUCAGAUUAGUUUUUUUCCCUAUCUUCCGAAUCGAUUAUGGAUCUAGAUAGCUAGUAAGAAGCAUCAGAAUAUUAAGGGGACUGACAGGCUGCUUUUAAGACUGAGCUUUACUGAUCGAUGUUUCUUAAAUCUCGGGAAUAGGUAGUUGAUGUGUGCGGGCUGGGCGCCUGUAGGAAGAGAACCUCGUGGUGCGGUUUGAGAAGUCUGGGGAAGAGAGCGCGCUUGCGGCGUACUUGUCUACUGUAGAAGCUACUGGGGUUAUCAACGCGUACGUUUUUGUGGAGAAAUCUCGUGUGUACUUUCCGCCAUGGCGCAACUCCAGGCACGUUUCUACACGGAGAAUAAGAAAUUCGCAGUAGAUGAUGUUCCUUUCUCAAUCCCUGCCACCUCUGAAGUUGCUGACCUUAGUAACAUCAUCAAUAAAUUGCUGGAGACCAAAAAUGAGCUCCACAAACGGGUCGAGUUCGAUUUCCUUAUCAAGGGCCAGUUUCUUCGAAUGCCCUUGGUCAAGCACAUGGAACUGGAGAACAUUUCAUCGGAAGAGGUUGUGGAGCUAGAAUACGUGGAAAAAUACAGUGCACCCCAGCCAGAGCAGUGCAUGUUCCACGAUGACUGGAUCAGCUCGGUUAAAGGGGCAGAGGAAUGGAUCCUGUCUGGUUCUUACGAUAAGACUUCUCGGAUCUGGUCAUUGGAAGGGAAGUCAAUAAUGACAAUUGUGGGGCAUACAGAUGUGGUGAAAGACGUGGCUUGGGUGAAAAAGGACGGUUUGUCCUGCUUGUUACUGAGUGCCUCGAUGGAUCAGACUAUUCUCUUAUGGGAAUGGAAUGUAGAGAGGAACAAAGUGAAAGCCCUACACUGCUGCAGAGGGCAUGCUGGGAGUGUGGACUCUAUAGCAGUUGAUAGCUCAGGAACUAAAUUUUGCAGUGGCUCCUGGGAUAAGAUGCUAAAGAUCUGGUCGACAGUCCCUACAGAUGAAGAGGAGGAGAUGGAAGAAUCCACAAAUCGACCAAGAAAGAAGCAAAAAACAGAGCAAUUGGGACUAACAAGAACGCCCCUGGUGACCCUCUCUGGCCACACAGAAGCAAUUUCCUCAGUUCUUUGGUCAGAUGCUGAAGAAAUCUGCAGUGCAUCUUGGGAUCACACAAUCAGAGUGUGGGAUGUUGAGUCUGGCGGGCUUAAGUCAACUCUGACAGGAAAUAAAGUAUUUAAUUGUAUUUCCUAUUCUGCCCUUUGUAAACGUCUGGCAUCUGGAAGCACAGAUAGGCAUAUUAGACUGUGGGAUCCCCGAACUAAAGAUGGUUCUUUGGUGUCUCUGUCCCUCACAUCCCAUACGGGCUGGGUGACAUCAGUGACGUGGUCUCCUACCCACGAGCAGCAGCUGAUCUCAGGCUCUUUAGAUAACAUUGUCAAGCUGUGGGACACAAGAAGUUGUAAGGCUCCGCUCUAUGAUCUAGCUGCUCACGAAGAUAAAGUUCUCAGUGUGGACUGGACAGACACAGGGCUACUUUUGAGUGGAGGAGCAGACAAUAAAUUAUAUUCCUACAAAUAUUCCCCUACCUCUUCCCAUGUAGGGGCUUGAG